AUGUCUCGAUUAAAUAGUGAUGUACAUCCGUUAUUGACAACACACUUAUUAGAUAUACUUCAAAAAAACAAUAUUUACUCGUCAUUACAAUUUAUUAGAAAAAAGCCCUUGUUUUUAUCUAAUAUUACCGGUUUACAAUAUGUUCAAGUUUUAAAAAUACGAGAUCAAAUUUUGGCCAAAUAUUCUUCUUCUUUAAAACGAGGAGACAAAUAUUAUAAAAAUUUAAUAAAUCAUUGCGCUAUCAUAAGUAGCGGAAUAGACAAACUUGAUGGUUUGUUAAACGGUGGUUUUAUCACAGGAAAUAUUUAUGAAUUAUGUGGGUACGAAGGUUGUGGAAAAACACAAAUAUGUAUGACAACUGCUAUAAAAAUUUGCUCCAGGACUCCACACAAAGUGUUAUUUUUUGACACAAAAUAUGAUAUUUCAAUUAAUAGAUUAAACCAAAUAUUAAACUAUGAAAAAAAUUUAAAUAAAAAUAAAGUUUUAGAAAAGAUAGAAAUUUGUCAUUCUACUACACCCUAUAAACUUUUAAAUGAUCUUCAUCAUUUAAAAGUGGCUUUUUCAAAUUCUAAAGAAAAAUACUUAGGUUUUAAAAUAAUUAUUAUAGACUCAAUUUCAUCACUUUUUCAAUUACAUCAAGUUAUUUCAAAAGGAUUAGAAUUUUUAAAUGAUGUUGCAAGCGUAAUAAAAUUUCUAGCUUUCGAAUAUCAACUAGUAAUACUUAUCACUAAUUUUCUUACUUCGUGGAUAAAUAGUAAUAGCUUAUGUGAAAAUGAAAGUGAAAGUGAUGAAAUUUUAAAUAAUAGGAAAAUAGAAAAACCUGCAUUAGGAAAAUUUUGGACUCAUGUACCAAAUACUAGGAUUAUAGUGAAAAAAAAAGAUUGCAGCGAUGAAUGCUUGUUAACUAUUUCAAAAAGUGAUAAUUUGCCGAUUAUAAAAUCUGCAAAAGUAUAUAUAAAAAAUGAUGGUGUGAGUUAG